AUGAUAUCCAGCUAUGAUAAGAUUUUCAUUUGGUUUCCUUUUUAUGCUUUUGUUGUUCCAUCAUUUUCUUCUGCUGCUGAACGAGACUAUUAUCGAGUUCUUGGUGUUCCUGAAACUGCCAGUCAGGAUGAGAUAAAGAAGGCAUUUCACUUGCUUGCUAAAAAGUACCAUCCAGAUGCAAGUAAGAAUAAUCCAUCUUCGAAGAGGAAAUUUCUUGAUAUAAGAGAAGAAUAUGAGACAUUGAGAGACUCUAAAAAAAGGGCAGAGUAUGACAAGAUGCGUAAUCGUGGUUCAGAGAACAUUGAAUACGGUGAUGAUGAUGCAGAAAGGUUUAGAAAUGCUUAUCGUUCUCAUUUUUCUGAUUCAUUUCAUAAAGUGUUCUCUGAGAUAUUUGAAGAAGCAACUCAAUUCUCGUCAAAUAUAGAGGUGGAGUUGACUCUUACUUUCUCAGAAGCUGCAAGAGGAUGCACCAAACAUGUGUCGUUUGAUGCGUUAAUUCCCUGUGAUUAUUGCAAUGGGCGGGGCUAUCCGCAAGAUGCCAACCCUAAAGUUUGUCCAACAUGCAGGGGCUCAGGUCGAGUUACAAUCCCUCCAUUUACUUCAACAUGCAUUACUUGUAAAGGAUCAGGCCGUAUAAUUAAGGACUUUUGUAUGUCAUGUAGAGGAUCUGGGGUGGUUAAAGGGAUUAAAGUUACAAUACCAUCAGGAAAUCUCACAGAGAGUGAUGAUCCGAGCACUGUAAAACAAGCUAGGAGCUCGGAGGAUGGCAAACAGUGGGAGGAAGCUAUGAAAAGAGAUGAAGGUAAAUCGUUGUCGAUCUUGCAGGAGCGUCAGAGAGCAAACAAGAAGCAAGAAGAAAUCAAGAAUCAUGUCUUCAACAAGAAGUAA